GAAAAAGUUGAUGACUUUCUGAAAAAUGCUUCUCUUUGAUUCGCUUUUACAGGACUCAAAGCUAAAUUUUUGUUGUGAAAUUUCAGAUUUUUUUGCAGAGGGAUAAAAUAACUGAGGAAGAUGUCUCGAGACUUGCAUCCAGAAUGCGAACGAGCAAUGAAUGCCCAAGAAGAGCAUGAUCCAUCUGAAAGAGCGGCUAUGAUAGCGGUUUGCCUGACAAGCUCUGCUCGGGUCAUACACAAGCUGGAUAGUGAGUACACUGAGUACUCAUCUCAGUAUCUGGUGGACAACGCUGGUCCCAAGAGCGAGGAAGAAAUGGCUCAACAACGCUCCAACUUGACCAUCCAAGACUGCGUUGAGUACUUGGUGGAGAUCGCUUCUCCCAAGUCCGAAUCCGAACAGAGAGAGUUUGAUCAACGACGCCGCAUGCUGACUCUGAAAGACUGCUUGGACUGUGCCUUCAAAGAUGGGUUACCGAAAAGGAUGGGAUGCGUGCACAAGCCUCCUCCGUUUGCUUCUCUCAUUCCUCGUGUUCCCAUGAUAGGACGAGUGAUUGAGGCUAAGACAUUGGAAGAGGCUUUCAACCUGUUGAAGCAGCAACCUGUUGAAACGAAGCUGCAUGUCUUCAGUCCUGAGAUUGAUCUUGUUGGAGAAGAGGUUCGGUGCUCUCUCUCUCUCUCUCUCUCUCUCUCUCUCUCUAAUUAG